AUGGGGCUGCCGGGCAGGACCCGCCAGCAAAAGGCAGGCAACGAGACGGGAUGGAAGCUCCUGACCAUGCGCGUACCGGUGCUGGCCUCGGUCAUCACCACGCUCGCCCUCGCCGGCGCCGUCGAGUUCCUCUCGCAGAAGAGUGCGAAGCAAGGAGGCCUGUCCCUCAGUAAUAGCGCCGACGACAUCCCGUUUGCCGUCACGUUCUCAUAUCUCUACGGGAUCACAAUCGUUGCCGUCCUGUACAGCCUCCUCUGGACCUGGGUCGAUCUUGACAUCAGGAGGCUGCAGCCGUGGCUCGAGCUGUCGCGCACCGGCGGCGCUGACGCCGACUCCUCGCUGCUUCUCGACUACCCCUUUACCUUCUUGGCCUUUAUUCCCUUCUCGGCCGGCAGGAGAAGACACUGGCCGGUAUUCUUCUCUGGCAUCGCCUCCAUGCUCGUGUUUGGGGGUGUGACGCCCCUGUCGAGCUCCAUAUUCGGCGUCAAGGAGGUUGUUCUCGUUCAGGACACGGAGCAGUCCGUCAAGACUGACUCGUCGAUCAUGACCGAGGCUUACGGCGUGACCUGGCUCGGACAGCGUCUCCCUGCUUUCGCAACACGAGAGCACGCCUUCGUUCCCUUCUCUCCUGCAGAGUCGGCCGCAAACGGCUCGCCAAACGAGACGUGGACGUCCAACACGACCAUGUUCACAACUGAUCCGUCACGGUCAAUAUCCAACAUGUAA